AUGUCUUCCGACAAAAUCGACGACUUGCCCAACGAAAAGGCGCUGCUUGGGUCCGGUAGCGAGGAAUUCGAAGCCAACCAUGGUCCCGCUGACGAAAAUGUUCUUAGUCAGUACACCGAAGAGGAAGUUCAGCAAUUGGGUCGCGCUUACGCCAGACAGCACGAACUCGAUGAGGACUUGUUUGCCAAGGCUGCCCUUGUGGCAAGAAGCCCCUCCGAAUUCAACUCAAUGGAGACUCUAACCGAAACGGAGAAGAACGCCUUGUACGACGAGAUCCACAACCCAUGGAAACUGCCAAAGACUUUGUACUGGCUGGUGGGAACAGCGUCCAUGGCCGCUUGUGUGCAGGGUAUGGAUGAGACCGUGAUCAACGGUGCAAACAUAUACUACCCUGCCCGUCUGGGAAUCGGCUCCAAGUCCGACCACGACACCUGGCUGAACGGACUGGUCAACUGUGCUCCGUACCUGUGUUGUUCGUGUGUUUCUGUGUGGUGCACGGAUUGGCUGAACGACAAGCUGUCGAGAAGAGGAGUGAUCUUCCUGUGCUGUAUCAUCGGAGCCUUGUGCUGUAUCUGGUCUGCUCUGGUGAAUAACUGGUGGCAUUUGUUUAUCGCCAGAUUCUUCCUUGGUUUCGCCGUGGGACCAAACUCCACCACUGUGCCUGUGUACUCUUCCGAGUGUGCUCCGGCCAGAAUCAGAGGUUCGCUUGUGAUGAACUGGCAGAUCUGGACCGCUUUUGGUAUCAUGCUGGGAGACGUGUUCGGUAUUGCGUUCUACUCUGUUCCUGACCAUGGGAUCCACAAGGGUCUGAACUGGCGUCUGAUGCUGGGAUCUGCGUGCCUGCCUUCGUUUGUGAUUCUCGCCCAGAUUCCGUUCUGUCCAGAGUCCCCAAGAUGGCUCAUGGGUAAAGGCAGACACAGGGAUGCGUUUGACUCGCUGGUCAAGAUGAGAAACACCCCGUUGCAGGCCGCCAGAGACGCAUUCUACUCGCACGUUUUGCUGCUCGAGGAGGGAGAAAUGAGCGGCUCGUUCUUCACCAAGCUCAAGGAGAUGGUCACCGUGAGAAGAAACAGAAACGGUGCCAUUGGCGCGUGGGUCUGCAUGUUCAUGCAGCAGUUCUGCGGAAUCAACGUCAUCGCGUACUAUUCGUCCUCCAUCUUCCUGGACUCGGGUUUCACCAUCAAGGACUCCCUUAUUGCAUCGUGGGGUUUCGGUAUGCUCAACUGGGUGUUUGCCUUGCCGGCCUUUUUCUCGAUUGACAAAUUUGGCCGCAGAACCUUGUUGCUAUUUGCUUUCCCAUUGAUGUGUGCAUUUUUACUGCUGACCGGUUUUGCGUUCUGGAUUCCAAAGACCAACGAACACGCCAGAAUCGGUGUUAUUGCAUUGGGUAUCUACCUCUUUACGAUUGUCUACUCCUCGUCCGAAGGUCCGGUUCCCUUCACGUACUCUGCGGAAUGUGCCUCUUUGAGAGUGAGAGACGUUACGAUGUCGUUUGCUACUGCUACUUGCUGGUUCUUCAACUUUAUUCUUUCGCUCACCUGGCCAGCCAUGCUCAAGGCGUUCAAGCCACAGGGAGCCUUUGGCUGGUACGCGGCCUGGAACAUGAUGGGAUUCUUCAUGGUUCUGUGGCUGCUUCCAGAAACCAAGGGGCUUACUCUGGAGGAGCUGGACGAUGUUUUCGACGUCCCGCUUUUGGAGCACGCUGCCUACCAAACCAAGGCGCUGGUCACCAACUUGCAAAGGGGACUGUUGCGCAGAGACAUCCCUCCACCUGCACCACUGUACAAGAAGCACCGCAUGGCUCUCCACACCAGCUGGGAGGCCCAGAAGGAGGAGGUCAAACACAUCGAAUAA